AUACAUCAGAUGCUAAAGCAUUAUUGGGUUUAUCAGAAUUUGAAGUAUUAUCAGUUAUAUGCGAUACCGGAGUAUCCUUAUUUUGUGGAAUUAACUGCGUCACUGAAAAUGUCAGAGCGGAGCUCAUGUCUAUAAAAGCACUCUUAAGAGCUGUUCCACAAUAG